GGGAGACCUUCGAUCCGAAGACACAUGAUCCAGUUCAGCUGAUGAUUUUUGGACGACCAAAAAUCUUCAACGCUGCAGUUUUGAGCUGAUAAAUCCUGUAUAAUAAUGUCAGAGGUGGCACCAGAAGAGGUUGCGGCACGUCGUAGUCUUCCGUCUACCAAGCUGGACAAGUUGAAAGGAGCGAAAGCCCUGGUGGAGAAAGCAAUCAAGGAGCAAAAAGUGUUUACAGUGCAGGGGCGCUAUCCUGUGAUUCGUGCCGGGCUGCGGGCCCGAGGGUGGGUGGAGCGUUAUUUGCCAAACACAAGCCACUGCUCGUCUCACCGCCAGAGCGAUAAGGACAAGGAUGAAGAGGAUGGCAGCACUGGAGAGGAUAAUAGCGCUGAGACAAAAGAGGGGGGGGAUAACGCCGAGGAAGACGACCUUGACAGCAUGUAUGACUUCAUGUCUCGUCUGGUUCGAAAUGAAAGGAUUUAUUUCUAUUGGAGCUCCCGUUACGAUUCCGUCUACUGUCGCUCCUUGCGGCAGGACCAAGUGACCAAUCACUUCGCCAAUACCGGAAACUUCACCACCAAGGUGGGCCUCUGCGUGAACCUUCGCAACCUUCGAUGGUACGACACUGCAGAUCCUGACAGCUUCUUUCCGAGAUGUUACAGGCUCGGGGAAGAGAGAGAUGCAUUCAUAGAGGACUUCAGAAGGACAGCAUGCAGCAGUUUGCUAAAGCACGUAGUCGAGACCAACGUGAUGACAAAAGAACCGACGAAGAAUGAGCACGGGAAAGCCGAAAGUGUCGCCGCGCUUGUCAGCGCAGGGGUGAUCAAUACAGCCUUACAAAAGUGCCAGGAGUACCUGAGUGUCUUAGCACACAGCGACAUUGACGUGACAGUCAAAACGCUUCCUUUCGUGGAGGAAAAUCAAUGGAAUCACUUUCUGCAAAAGUUCUACUCGGUUGUGCACAAAGGUGCACCUAUCAGAAACAGUGCUGAUUUUGUGGACCGCUGCCAGGUCAUGUUGGCCCAACUCAAAGACGUUUGUCCUCAGAUGGAUUUGGAUGGAGUCAAUAACAUCUGGAUUAUCAAACCAGGCGCCAUGUCAAGAGGAAGAGGUAUUGUUUGCAUGAAUCGCUUGGAUCAGAUUUUAGCCUUGGUGGACUCAGACAGAAACAUGGCCAAGGAUAGUAAGUGGGUGGUUCAGAAGUACCUGGAGCAGCCCAUGUUGGUCAAUGGAACCAAGUUCGACCUGCGCCAGUGGUUUCUGGUCACUGACUGGAACCCUCUGACCGUCUGGUUCUACAGAGAGUGCUACCUGAGGUUCUCCACUCAGCCCUACUCCACGACAAAACUUCAUAGUUCAGUCCACCUUUGCAACAACGCCAUCCAGAAGCACUUCCAGCCAUCGCACGAGCGCCACCCGGGGGUCCCCAGGGACAACAUGUGGUCCAGCUCCGACUUCAAGGAUUUUCUGCAGCAGCAGGGCCGCGGGGAGCAGUGGGAGACCGUGGUGGUCCCGGGCAUGCAGAAAGCCGUGGUCCACGUCUUGCAGACAGCCCAGGACAAGGUGGAGCACCGCAAGGCAACCUUUGAGCUAUACGGAGCCGAUUUCAUGUUGGGGAACGAUCUGAGGCCUUGGCUUCUUGAAGUCAACGCCAAUCCCACCAUGGCCUGCACCAGCGUGGUGACGGCUCGCCUCUGCCCCGCUGUGCAACUGGACACGCUGAAGGUGGUUCUGGACAAACGAAACAACCCCAACGCUUGUACGGGAGGCUUCCGCUUGAUCUACAAACAGGCUGCAGUCGAAUUACCACAGUUUAUUGGUUUGAAUCUGAUAGUGGAAGGAAACCACAUUAUGAAACCGAAAUACACAAAGCGCAGAAAAAGGCUCGGCUCUACGAAACCUCACUUGGCCAAGUCGAUACAAAUUCACGUUUCUUGCGAGGAUGGUGAAGUCACGAGUAAAGAGCAAGUGGAGUCGUGCGAGAAAGCACAAGAGUGCAAGCCGUCUCCGGAGAAUCAGCAGCAGAAACCUUCUCCGAGGAGAGAAAAACAGGAAAGAGCAGUGGUUCACAAUGUCACUUUGGUCUCGGAGGACCACACUCAACCCAGGAGGAGACCCCAAUGUUCAGGUGGGAGUCGUGGUAGCAGAGCUCCACUCGCCCAACGGAACAUCUCCUUGUCCCGCACCCCCAAGCCUAGAAAUACUUCAUGUGUGUUUCAAUCUUCAAUUAAACCAAGCCACGGAGUAUACCUGUGGAGAUCCUUCCUCCCCAGGACUUUUUCCGAGCCCUCCAACAAGCCCUCGACGACGCGGGCCGCUUCUUUCGGUCGGGACCAGCUCCCCUUGCUGCGGCUCACGAGCUUGCAGCCCGGCUAUCGAAAACCUUCUGUGGACACCUUUCAAAUUGAGUCCAGUUACAGAUUCCACAAGCAGCGUUACGUGCAAACCAUGUCCAGAUAUAAAUGACAAUGUACAGGAACCCAACCCCACCCCACCCUGCCCCACUUCAAGUUUGAUAAGA